CAAUCAAACACACUCCUUGCCUCUAAUGAUUGACAAAUAUAUUGUUACCAACUGUAGUCUUUUUUAACUCAACCAUAUGCUCGAAAAUAUCUAUUAAAUUCCCCUAGUUGGCAAAAACGCGAAAUAAAUCAGAGUCAAGCUGAACGUUGGAUGUCUCGAUUAGAAGGUGUGCCCUGCAGCGGACGUAAAUAUGGCCAUAAAACUUGGAGCCCCGGCGACAAUAUCGCGUAUAGCCCCCAAUGCAAUCGAGUGGCUAGAUAAGGAACGUGCCGCAAAUCGGCCGAGCAGCUAGCGCACGUUCACGUGAUGGACACGCCGAUCCACCCGGCCAGGUACAUUUACCCACCGACAGGUAAAUCACUAAACUGGUACAACCACAACAAUCCACCGACGUGGGCGAUAAUGAAUAACGAGCACAAUUAACAGCGGGCGAUGUGCUAAAUGUUGAUACAAAUGGCUUAUCUCGUCACCGAUAUUUGGCAUCAGACAACCGGCAGAUUGUCAUGAUUAAUGAUCAUGUUCUGCUCCAAGAUUUCAGACUCCCUCAGACUUCUGGUAGAAAUGGACUUAGCAGAGAUGGCUGACAGCAAACACGGCCAAUCACCGCUGUCUAAGUUGUCCGAGAGCGGCAAAUAGAUAACUUGGUGCCUGGAAAUGUGUGCCAGUGAAAAAUAUUGAAUCUGUCAUUACUCAUCCGCUAUGUGUGCUUAGCAGAGCACUUUGAACAGAAGCGGUGCAGAUAACAUUUGCCGCGAAUGCCCAAAAGUAGGCAACGUUUCGAAAAGUGGUGAAAUUGUGGGACUAAAGGCCUUUUGACAUUGUUGUGAAUAAAUGUGUGAUAAUAUCAAGCCAUUGCUUUAGAAAUAUGUUUUUCUGGUCAUGGUAUCUAGUAGCCAUUAAAUUUAUAGACCAGACACAAAAUUUAUUACAUCAUAUACAAACUACACAACUGCUAUAGAUAUAAAACACCUUUAUUUAGCUACCAUCAACACAACAAAAUGCCUUGCAGAGUCGGUGAUAUGGAUUCUAUAUCCGCUCGGUUUCAGCCCAGUGUGAGAAUUGGCAAUUGGGUGGAAGAAAAUUGCCUUGAAGAGGACAAAAUAGUGAACUUUAAGAAACAACGCGAUCGUGGCGAACUUUUGGUGGAAAAGGCACGCACUUUGUAUGAUAAUUUCCACAAGGAGAUCGUUUUGGCUGCUCCCAAGCAAACCAUUAUAUUCGGAGCUAUUGUUCAACUAAUGCCCAUCCAUAUAAACAUCAGUGAUAUGGAUACAACCGAUCUGAAUGCCGCCUUGUCGGUGGUGAUUAACGAAAAGGUGGUGCGAAAAAGCCAGUCAAUCAAUGAGGACUGUGAGCUAUCCGUGGCGCCUUCGAAGCGGCCUUGUGUGCGAAACUCCUUCAAAAUAGUCAGUGGAGAUGGUCGGGAUCGCACUGGGGAGAAUAUUAAGUAUGGGCAGCGAUUCCAGCUGCAGUGCAUGGCUUCGGAACACGAUCCCAUAGUACUGUACAGUGGUCCCAAGCGGUGCAAUCUGCAGCAGGGUGUCCAUGCCACCUAUUUGUCGCACAAAAACGGGGAGCUCAAUCUCAACCUGGGACUAGUGCACCGCAGUAAAUUGUCAUGCCCGGACUACGAUAUACCCAUAGCAUACACGAAUUGGUUCUGCAGACAUGUAGAUCCAAAGCAGCGUUUUGAAAGCGAAGGAGAAGAUAUACCUAGCAAUUCCCCUUUGGUAAUCGUGCAUGCAACCACAAAUCGAAAUCUAGCUGCCGAAAAUGUUCUAAUCCAAACCCUUUUUGGCCCCGAAUUUCUGGUGUCCGUGCAAAACUAUCGCAAUAUCUACAGGCACGAGAUUUGGAAGAACGUAUGGAUGAUUAGCAACGGACACCAGACUGGAUCAAAGUCUGCAAAUUCUACGUCUCAUUAAUUUAGCUUUCAAGCAGCUAGGUGUGUUAUGUGAACUUGAGUUUUAUGUGGCGUAGAUUUAAAUUUCGCACAUUGGCUUUGUCGAGCCGAGCCCCUACUGUUUGGCCUAGAUGGAAAUUGGCACUUCACAGCUAGUUAGGGGAGAAAAAGUGGAACGGCACUUAAGAUUAUUGGUUAAUGAGCAUUAAGGUUCUGCAAAUAGUUUACUAUGUAUUCAAAUCCUAGAAGUGUAAUAAAAUACUUGUUAAGAAAUGCGA